CGGGUCCCGAAAUGCCGACUGAGUAUUUCAUGUCAGUAGCAGCGCGGGGGAGGGUGCGGGCCUUCCGCGCCUCGCUCGUCAGAGAUGCGCCCCGGGAGUACCGCGUGUGUGUCCGCACUCGUCCGCCCCUGGAGCGGUUUUCUAGUAGUCGGCGAUUAACUCUGUGAACGCCUUUUUUCUUCUGCAGUCUUUCCGUAGCGUGCGGACCACUCUGGAUGUGGAAUAGGAGCGCAGGAGGCAGUUUACCCAUAGGUUUAUCUGAAAAAGCCGAGCACGUUUCGGUGUGGGAGGGCAGCAGCCGCUCGCUGGGCCGGCCCUGCCCUGACGGCUGGUUAGGUGACAUCCACACCCCCCCGUGCCUCUCAUUUCCACUGCCUUGGGACACAGAUCGCCUGCCUUCCCGAAAUGUUGCCUCUUAGCUACGGCUAUAAUAAACUGCACUAGUUUAGGGUGUGUUUUUCCUACACUCGCAUUUUUGCUUCAGAAGGACUGAAUGAUGCGCCAGCAAAACAUAGUCCCCAUCCCUUGUCAUACACCGAUAAAAACAUUUAAUGUGUGGAGAUCUCAGAGAAGUCUGCCGGUAGAAAAAAACUCUUAGAACCGCAGAGUAGUGAUGUUGCACGUUGGUUCAUUUUGCAGUGUCAUCAGCUUUAUCUCUAUUUGCUUAGUCUAUGUUGGGCUAUUUUCAGGAAAGGAAUUCAUGCUUGCUCCCACACCACGGAACCUUGCAGCUCUGCCCAGUACUUACAGACUGUGCUGGAGAGAGAGCUGCUUUCUCACGGAAACAGUGUUACUGCAGCAUGUAACAAAAUGUAUUUUGUAGCCAAAACUGUCAAUUUUUGAGUGGUGGGCCGAGAUUUAGUUAUUUGGAGUUACAACCUCGCAUUAAGAAAAACCAUAAUACUCUGAUUUCUUAUUGUGUAAAGAAUGGAAAGCUAACUAACAACACUUUUUUUCUUCAUAUUUGCUUCUUUUAAUGUUUUCAAUAUGCUCUUGAUGGAGGAAACAAGACUUGUAAGGUGAUUUACAAAAACGUUAUUUUUAAAUGUCCUUUUAGCCUUAAAACAAGGAGAUACUCUCUUCACUGUAGUGUAAUCACUGUUGUUGCCUGCUUUUUGCAGUUUGUAACAGAUUCUAAUUCAUAAGGUACUGUUUCACAAGGUACAGUUAUCAAAAAGGCCCAGGUCACUUUUUCCAUAGAAGUGUUUGAUGUGAUCGUUUGGGCUGGAAGGGGCCUUUAGAGAUCAUUUAGUUCCAACCCCCCUGCUGUGGGCAGGGACACCUUCCACUUGACCAGGUUCUUCUAAGCUCUUAUCCCACAUGACCUUGAGCAUUUCCAAUGAUGAGACAUCCAGAGCUUCCUUGAGCAACCUCUCCCAGUGUCUCACCAUCCUGAUUGUAGAGAAAUUCUUCCUUUAAUCCAAUCUAAAUCUGCCCUCUUUAAUUUUAAAACCACUGCACAUGGUACUGUCACUACAGAUCCCAGUCUCUAUCUCUUCCUCAUAAGCCUUUUUUAAGUACUGAAAGGCUGCAGUAAGAGAGAGCCCUUCUCCCCAGAGCCUGCUCUUCUCCAGGCUGAACAAUCCCAGCUCUCACAGUCUUUCUUCGUAGGAGAGGCACUCUGGACUCGCUCCAGCAAGUCCACAUCAUUACUCAGUUCCCAGCAGUUCAGCUGGGAUGUCACCAGAGCAGACUGGAGGGGCAGAAUCUGGAUCCCACAGUCUGUGUCUCUUUGCUGAAGAUAAUAAACAGUAUUGGCCCCAGUUUGGGCCCUUGAGGGGCGCCACUGGUUUGUGCUUGAUAAGCUGAGCUGAAGCUGUUUGGAUGUGGCCAUGCAGCCAGUUCCUUAGGCAUUUAACAGUUCUAUUUCAAGCCCGUAUGAUUCUAAUCCGUCAUCUUCUCCCUGUUUUCUAUCUUCUGCCCUGCCUAGGUCAUUGGAGUGAAAUUAAGGUCAAUUAAAUUAAGGCAAAUUUAAUUCCCUGGAAUAGCAGAAAAACUUGUGCUUUACUAAGUUUUCUGCUGUUUUGUGAGUUCAUUUAGCUCAUAAAAAGUCUGAUAAGGACUGAGCUUUCAGGGAAAGUGGGGGGGAAGGGAAAUAAAAGAGAAGAGCGAUGCCCCUAUUCUGCAGGAGCGAGCUGUUAGAUCCACUCUACUCAAGAAAGUAUAGCCACAGCAUAAUGGAUAAUCAAGUCACAUCCAUAGCAUAUUUUGCAUUACAUUUUUCAAUAUUCAGACUUAAAGAAGGAAAGUAGCAUUAAUUGUUUAGAACAUGACCUAGUAAUAAGGUUGAGCGUGCGUUCCUGUGUACUUUCCCAUUUGUAAUGCAGUUAUUGCAGGUGGCCACAAUGCAGUAGUUCAGUUGUUGCAGUACUUGAUGCAGCACUUUUACUUGGCUGUUUUUCUUGGCGCUGUUGGUCUGAUGCCCAAUGUUUCUACAUUGUGCAAAGAUCACCAAUACCUUCCUAUAAUGUUAGAAACUUUGAAGAGUACAGGCAGGCCUCUUGGUACCACUCUGCAUAUCUAGUACUGGCAGACCCAUUUUAUUUGCUUGCUGUGUUUGUCUUUGAACUAAAAGGAUAAUUAAUUUUUUUAAAAUGUACAAUAUUUGUAAGAGAAGUAAAAGUCUUUAUUUCAAUAUUGUGGUACUAUUGCUUGGGUGAUUAUAGCUGGAGGAGGUAUUGUACAUCUCAGGACAUCUCAUACAUCUCAGGACAUCUCAUACAUCUCAGUAUUUAAGCUUUAAAAAGAACAGAAGUAACAGAAACUAUGCACAACCAGAAAAAAACCAAACUUGCUUUCCUUUUGAGAGAGCUGUUAGGGUAAACAGGGCCUUGCAAAGAAAUAAUUACGUUUUAUAAAACCAAGGGGCAUGCUUAAAAUGGAAUAACCUGCAGGUUCUUAAUGUUACUAACCUUUUGAGUGUGUGUUGAAUUUUUGUGGUGAGAAAUUUCUCAGGAAUUUUGCUUCCUGCCAAGGAAUUGACUAGAAGGCCCUUGAAAAAUAGUUAUGUAUUAGUAUGAUAUAUCCUAUGAUAAAUGUUAUCUGUACAACUUGUAUAAAACAAGUCAACUUCCUGGCUAGACUAGAUACGCAAAAACAGAGUUGAGUUGCAGCGUGAUAGUGCUGUUGCUGCUGUGUGAAAAGUCGGGGUGCUUGUCUUUCCUUUAUACUCCAACAAGCUUGUAUACCUUGAGCUAGUUCAUUAAUUUUCACCUUGCAUGAGCUCUGGAUUGUGCUAUUUCUUGCACAGCCUACAACACUGCUUUGAGAGCUAAACGCACUCUAAGGCACAUGGAUUGAUAUUUUUAUGUUCUUGCCUUCUAUUACAACCAUUAGUUUCAUCAGUCAGGGAAUACUGUCCCUACAUGCUGCAGCCUGAUAAUUCUGAAAAGUGCUGCUGGACACACUGAAAAUAUCAACAGGAUAUCACCUCAUUUUGACCCACUCUUAAGUUGCCCUGGGGGUCUGAAUUGAAAUCUGUGGUUGUGUGGUGGUUGUGUUUUUCUGUUGUGCUUUUUUAAUUCAUGCUCUGUUGGUUUUUAGCGUUCCAUGCAGUUCUGUAGGUUCUCUCCUUGCCAAAUAUUAUAAGUAGGUUUAGGUUGAACUAGUAUUUACGCUGGUCUCAAGAAUGCCUGGAGAUUUUUUAUUUUUUUUUUUGGUAAGGAGUUAUUGCUGUACUGUAUUAAAGGGUUGAAAGGACAUCAUGGUGUGGGAGAGAAUGUUUUUCAGUGAAGUAAUGCAAAGGUAGCAGUUGUGGCUGAAGGAAAGAUACUGCAUUGAUGACUUUGUAAAUCAACAACUUCCUCAUGCAUCUUGAAGAAAUAGACACUUAUUCUAGUUAGAUUCAAGUCAACAGGAGCGGGAUUGGGUCCCUGUGGUUCUUAAUUUAAAGUUUUGAGUUCACAGUCUGCACUACAACAAAAACCAGUAUUUUCAGUUUAGAAAAUACUCUUCUGAAUUAAUUUCCACAAAUUAUGCAAGCUGCAUUGUUGUUGGUACUUUUUUUUCCCCCAAACUUCAGUCUAAUUUUUCUUUAAUUGUUUUAUUCACUUCUUAUUUUUCAGGAGUCUUUGAAAAAUCCUUAGUGGUCAUGACAUUGUUACAAGUGACAUAAAUUAGCCAGUGGCUCAGAAUGAUGGAUACCCAGAAGACUACAAAUGGUUUGCAAGUGGUUGGAGAAGGGACUGGUAUAGGGAAAUCGACACUCCACAGGGUGGGGUAUUUGGGAAAAAACUGUAAUCCCGCGGAAACAACUGCACAUGAGUAUUGUCCAGUCUGCAAAGAGAAGGGUCAGAUCCAAGGUUUACGCACUUACCGCCUUAAUUUUCAGGAGUCCAUUUUUCUUUGUGAAAAUCCUCAGUGUAUCUACCCACUUGGUUAUAAACCACUAAACAGCAUAAUUACUUCAACUGGUUCAGAAAAUCAUCAGGUUCCAUCUACUCCCAAGAAAAGGAAAUUGGGUGAUACCAGUGACUUUUCUGCUGUUGAAUCGGAUCCAAAAAAAGCAAGAACUAGCAAUGUGCUCAAUGUUGAGCACACCAUUAAUGCAGACUCCAUUGUGAAAGGCUACCAGAAUAGUUCGUGUAUUCCCAAGGCAAGCCUGCAUGAUGUGUUACAAAAUGACCAGCAAAACCCUGGCAACCAUGUGGGGUCCUGCAUGGAGAAGGUGGAUUUUGAAACAACUCCCACGACCAGCAACUACCAAGAAAGUCCACCAAAGACUUCUAGUCUCACGACACUACUUUUGCCAAAUUCUGAGCUUUUAUCAACAGCAUCUGAAGUUUCACUUAAAGAGAAUAAAGGUUCCAAUAAUAAGAGAGAUUUGUGUCUUCAGUGGAGAAACGUACAUAACCUCUCUUGGUUAGACUGUAUUUUGUCAGCACUGGUACACUUAGAAACAUUAAAAUCUGCUCUAGCAGAAGAAUAUAAUGAUGGAAAAUGUUUACUCCAGGAACUCGUUACAAAGUAUAAUCAAGCAUCUGUUCUUCUGAGUUCCUGUAAAAGGGGUAAAGUAAAAGAUGUUCUUCCAAAAGCAGAAUCUCAGCUCAAUGAAAUCAGAAACGUAAUGUUUACAGAACUUCAGCCUCGGCUGAGGUGUGAAUUGGGUAAUGUGGAGAAUCCAGUGUUUGCACUUCAGCUACUCUUACAAGUGGAUCAACAAGCUGCGAAUCUAUUCUUGCAUUCAUUUUCCUGGAAGUCUGAAUGUGUACAUUGUGGCCACAAAUAUCAGGACCGAUUGAAGAAAACAAUAACAACAUUUACAAGUGUAAUCCCUGAUUGGCAUCCACUUAAUGCUGCUCAUAUUGGACCAUGUAAUAACUGUGGUAAUACAUCUCAAAGACGACAGAUGAUCUUGGAAAAACUACCCUCAAUAUUAAUGUUAAAUUUUGUGGAAGGCUUGCCACAUAACAACCUGGAGAAAUAUUCAUUUCAAUUUGAGGAAGACACCUACCAAAUAACAUCUGUUGUUCAGUACCAAACAGAUAAGAAGCAUUUCAUCAGCUGGUCUUUGAAUCCUGAUGGAACUUGGCUUGAGUGUGAUGAUUUAAAGGGUCCAUAUUGCAAGAGACAUGAAAGAUUUGAAGUCCCUCCUUCAGAGAUUCAUAUUGUUAUCUGGGAAAAGAAAGCAUCCCAUGUGCCAGAAGAACUGAAUUCACAGUUCCAAAGUAAAAAUAGUGAAGAUUUUCCUCUUAAUAAUGUAAAUUCAAAUUCCACAGUGUUGCAUUGUGGUUUUGAUAACACUGUCAGCAAAACACCUGCAGAACACCACAAAGAAGACUCUGUGAGGACUCCAGAGAAGAAACAGCAGCAAGUAGCUGAGAACCAAGGUAUUGUUCAUCAUGGUUUAGAAAAUCUGGCAGACGGUGAUCUUGUAACACUGAUGCUUGAAGAAGUUCCAGUUGACUCAGAAGAUAAAUUGCUGCCUAACGGAUGGAUGAUGGGAGAUAACCUUCUUGAUGGAUGGGGCACACCACAACAGCAGGAACCAGCUUUUUCACUUAGCACUCCCUAUACAGGAGAGUUUGCUGGAACUAGUCUAGCUAUGAACAAUAAAUCCAUGUUACAUGAAGAUUCCAGUAUUUGCUUACCUCUAGAAGAGUUGAACCUAUUAAAUAUUACUCCUCCUGUGCCCAAAAAACACGACCCUGAUUCAUCUGACUCAUGGCCUUCUCAGUUAAAUGGGGGAAAUAAUUUAGCUAACAGAAAACAUGGAUUAAAUUCAGAACUACUGCUAAACAAUAAUUUUUUAGCAGUAGAAAAUACUACACAAAAAUCACCUAACAUGAAAGAUGCAAGCAAAACUGUAGUUAAUUCUAAAGCUGGCAGUUCUUCUGAUGCCGGUAAUUCAGUUCCGCCCUCACACAAAGACCGAAAAGGAGGAUUUGUAGGAACCUGGGUAAAGAAAUUAUUAAGCAAGAAUACUUCUUUUAUGCCUUCAAGUGCCUCAGCUCUCAAGAACGAGAGAAGCUGCCAAACUCCCUCAGCGCAAAAAAUAAGUGAAGUUCGGCUGCCAAUUAAGGGUGCAAGUAAUUUCGGUGGAUUUCAAAGCACGGGUACAAAGAAAAUAACUGAGACCCCAAAGUUACAGGCUCCUCAGAGUAAUAAUACUCCUCCUUUAUCAAAUUUCAAAGGAUUUUCUCAAAGUACUUGUCUUCCAACAGCAAAUCAUACCACUAUUUUAGGUCCAACUUGGACUAAGUCAGAAAGUACAUUGGGUUCCUCAGGUAAAGUGACUCAGUUCUCUUCACCUGGCUAUAACUCCGGUAAGACAGAAGAGUCAGACAGUGACAAAACAAAAAAACUUCGCCUGAAAUUGUUAAAAAAACUUAAUGCUAAAAAGAAGAAGUUGGCUUCACUGGAUAGAUUAGUGGAACAGAUGAAACAGGAAAAACCUGUGAGUGGAGACAUAAGCAUCCCAUCGCAGACUGAAUCUCAAAAUGACAGUGAAUUAUUGCAGAGCUUUUUAAGGGAGCUGCAGUAUCAGAUUGAUGUCACAGGUAAUGAAUCUGCAUUUAAUGCAAACGCUGUGCCAGGGUGCACUGGCCGUGAUAGUACUGAUGAAAUAUUGGCGGAAUUGCUGUCCCCCGCUCCGACGGUCGCUCCCUUGGAGGCUCUGAAGAGCCAGGACGAGUGUAUGUACAUGGAAAUGGUGCACAGCAGCGUGGCAACGACCGUGACCCAGGAGAACAGCAGUGCGCCACAGGCAGCGGUGACAACUGAGGACCACAAUUACUACAGUCCUGUGAAGGACACUAAUUCAGAGCUUGAUGCAAUAAACAAACAGUGUGUGAAAAAAAUUGCUUUUGAAAGUCCUACGAGAAAUGAUAUCCUCGAAGACCUGUUCUCGAUUUCAGCGCCAAGCUCAAUGGCAGAUGACAUAGACUUACCUCAUUUUGAUGAAACUCUGUUUGAAACUUGGUAAAUGCUCAGUUUCUUGGGGGUUUUUUCAGUAUUAUGUAUAUUUUGAAACAAAGCACUACUAAAUUAUAUUUUAUAACUAGUUUAAUUGCACACUGGCUGUACUUUAACAAUUUACAUGUGAGGUAUUUUUUUUCUUAAUAUUUUAUUGUAACAAGCAAAUCAGGGUUCAAUGAAUUUUAUUUUUCUGAAAAGCUUUUUUUUUGGCUGUCAGAUAUGAUGAUGAUUUUUAAUUAAAAGCUCCUAUGAGUCUUAAUUUUUGCUGCUUUUAAUACAAAAAACUUCCAUACUUUAGUGAGUUUGAAAAAUAAUUAAGUUCUGUAGUCUUGAUGAUGUAAGAAAUAUUAAUUAUGUAGUAGUGAUUUUACAGAACCACUCAACUCCUGAAGUUAUUUUGUCCAACUUUUUUUUAAAAAAAAUAAUUAAAAAUUACCUUCUGUAAUUAGGGAAUUUUGCAUCCUCUGAUAUGAAGAUCAUUUGUAACAUAAACUUGAGGCUGGCAUUCAGCUCCUUACCAAAUUACUGUUCUACAAGCUCAUGCUGAUGUAUACACACCCCUUGGACACAAGAAAAGAUGGAUACAUGGCAGAAAUUUUCCUGUUUAAAGUUAUAGCACCUACUGAGUUUUUAUCCUGGGCAACUGCAAAUAUAACGUGGUGGAAUAUCUUCUGAGCCAGGUUAUUUUUUUAAGUAGAAUUAGUGAGAUUCGGUCCAGCGUUUGCAUCACUAAGAAUGAAUAUCAGAUGUAUGCGUUAGUUUUUCAUAGCUGCAAAAACAUUUAAUAAAAGAAAGGUUUCUUAGAAACAAUUUAACUGUAAGUUAAUGCCUAUUACUGUUGUCACUUGGAGUUUUUCAUGACUCAGGCAGUGCACCCCUGACCAUAUGUGAGAUGCCAAGGAGAGGCAAGGUCAGUAAGAAGAAAGUAAUGGAAAAAUGUGGCAGUGAGUAAGCAGAGGGAUUCACACCUUUCUGGAUUUGUAUAGCUUUCAUUUUGCUAAAUUGGAGUCUUUUUAAAAUGCAUAGACACAAAGCUGAGGGUAUUAUAUGCCAAGUUAGAUUAGCUGUAAGGUUUUUUUUGUUCUUGGAAAUAAGAAGGAUUUUAUCAGCAGAUCUUUAUAUCAGACAUUUUUAGAGGUGUUCUGCAUUUUUUCAUUGUUUUAGAUCCCAAGUUCAAAACAUUAAAUACUCGGUCUUACUUUUCCAGUAGAUGCAGUUGAACAUAAUGCUAUUACAAAGCAUGGCUACAGAUUCUAAUGGUUUUGAAUUGUUUGGACUAGGUUUAAAAAGUGUUUGAAAAACUAUCAGUGGCCCUGAACUUGCCGUGUCAACUUAUUUCUGCUGCAAUUGGGUAUAUGGUUAUCAAAUUGGCACUUCCGGCAGUGAACGUUUUCAUUUCUGAAAUUUAAGUUAUUGUGAAGAACUUGAGCUUCUCCUUUGUUUUAAAUAGUGUGGUAGUGUUACAAUAGAAAACAAAAUGAAUGGAUUCUGAAUGUUAGGGGAUGAUGUACUACUUGUAAAAUGUUUGCCCAUUUGUGAAUUCCCUAAUUAAACAAAAAAAAAGCUGACCAAAA